CAGCAAGCGCACAAUGGCUGGAGCCUCGGCGAAGAGAUUGGCGAAGGAAUUGAAGGAGAUGGAGAAGGGACCCCUUCCCUGGGCGUCUGCUGGCCCGGUUGGAGACAAUUUGUACAAAUGGAAGGCUAUCAUCGAGGGCCUGAGAAGACGCCCUACGAGAAGGGCAGCUUUUCGUUGGAGCUCGAGAUGCCUCCCGAGUACCCCUUCAAGGCACCAAAGGUCAAGUUUUUGACGAAGAUCUACCAUCCCAACGUCAAGAGCGAUGGCCAGCUGUGUAACGAGGUUCUUGUGGAGCCCAACCCUGGUAAAUCUUCCCCACUUUCGCCAUUUUGUACAUUUAACAUUGAGCUCACCGCGGCUACCCCCAAACAUGCAGACAACCCUCUUGAGCCUGAGAUUGCCCAGCAGUUCAAGGAGAACAGGACGGCGUUCAACAAGACCGCCAAGGAGUGGACCAAGAAGUAUGCUAAGUAA